GGUCACGUGCCUGCAAACAUUUAGAACAGGAAGUGAUACUGUAGCAUCAAGGAACCCACAAUAAAAUACACAACAAUGAGAUUAUUUAGAUAGCUUCAGGUUUACUUCAGUUGUAAAGAAGCAUCCAAGCUCUCGGAAAGAUACACUCUUUCAGCCAUUGAAGAGAAGAAGGGCCCUGCGGUGGAGGUUUUGUUAACAGGCUAACUUGAGUCGAAGUCGGACCAAGCCCCAAAAUGACUGCAUCUGUGUUUUUCGGGUGUACAUUCAUCGCUUUCGGCCCUGCCAUUGCACUGUUCUUGUUUACUAUUGCCAGGGACCCACUCCGAGUGAUAUUUCUUAUCGCCGGGGCGUUCUUCUGGUUGUGUUCUCUGCUGCUGUCUUCACUAGUGUGGUUCAUCACCGUUCAGAUCAGCAACAAAGAGAGUUCCUCCCAGCAGAAAGGACUGCUCAUAUUCGGGGUGGUGCUCUCCGUGCUGCUGCAGGAGACUUGCCGCUUUGGCUACUACAAGCUGCUGAAGAAGGCAAACGAAGGCUUGCUCAUGUUGAGUGCAGAGGAAACGAUGCCGAUCUCCAUACGGCAACUAGCCUAUGUGUCUGGGCUGGGGUUCGGCUUCAUGAGUGGAGCGUUCUCAAUGGUCAAUAUCCUGGCCGAUUCUGUUGGCCCCGGCACCAUUGGUAUCCAUGGAGACUCCCAACACUACUUCCUGUCCUCAGCGUUCAUGACCAUGGCCAUCAUCCUGCUCCACAUGUUCUGGGGUGUGGUGUUCUUUGAUUCCUGUGAGAAACAACACUGGUGGUCUCUGGCUGUGGUCGUCAUCAGCCACCUCCUCGUCUCCUGUCUGACAUUCCAGAACCCUCAGUACGUGGGCAGCCUGGUUCCCACCUACAUCAUCGUGUUCCUCGUGGGUCUCUGGGCGUUCUUCUGCUCCGGGGGUUCUCUCCGGAACCUUAAACUCUGCCUUACCUGCAAAGACAAAGACUUCCUGUUGGCCAACCACCGGCCCAGAUAACAGAACACCACUAAAGACACACACACACACGCACACUGUAUGGGGACGCUAUCCAACAGGACACACACACACCACACAAACAAAUAAAUAAGUUAAAGACAAACUGGGUCAAUGAUAUGUCUCUCCCCUACCCUCA